GCGAAAACAGUUGAUUUUUUUUAUUAAGUGAAUAAGUAAUAACUGAUAUUAUUUGUUCCAGUACAGGACAGAUUCAAUCCACGACUUUUGCUGUUCUUAUAUACGUUAGGGACAGCAAUUACCAUUGGGUUAUUGCCAUGGAUACCCGAGUUUAUUGUCAUGGUAAUUAUUCGGGUCAUUAAUGGAAUAUGUAUUGGAGGCCAAGACACAGGCAUUCAUUCCAUGUUAUUUGCACUAUGGGCCAGUGAAGGCGGCCCUUUCAUCCAGAUGACCCACGUGCUCACGGCUGUUGGUGGGAUUAUAUCUCCUCUCAUUACACAACCCUUUGUAAGAGAACCGAAAGGGAAUGUGGAACCAGGACGUAAUUUAUCAUAUGAUAUAACAUCAGAAACAACAACAUCCGCAGUUACAAACAACAUAACAUUUUUUCAAUAUAAUUCAACUCUAACUAGUCUUAGCACGGGCGGUGUCACAUAUUCGGAAACUGUUCACAAAGAGACCCAUGUUCAGUAUGCUUUUCUGAUUACUGGAAUACUAGUUUUAUCUGCAGCUGUUCCAUUUCUUGUUGCUUUUCUUCGGAAACAAGCAAUUCAAAAGACCAUACGCCAAUAUAGCAAUGAUAGUGUUGAUAAAAACAAGCUACCGAAAUUGAUAAAACGGAUCAUUUUAUUUAUUUUGUUUAUAAAUUCAUUCGUUGCUACGGCGUACAUUGAUUUGUUUCCCAGCUUCUUAACAACGUUUGUUAUGAGUCAACUAGACUGGACACAGCAAGCAGCAUCCUCUCUCACUUCCCUUUAUUUCGGUAUGUACGCUGUUGGUAACUUUAUUGGAGUCUUUAUUUUAGCAUACAUAACUCCUACAAAACUCAUUGUUACCUCCUAUCUUACGUCAGGAAUUUCGAUAGCGGGUGUUUUACUAAGCGUUUUGUUUAUACAGACUGAAUUAGUUUGGGUCUCUGUAGGGCUCAGUGGUAUAACAAUGUCUGGAAUAUUGCCAACACUGUUCACAAUUACACAGGAAAACGUGACACCAAUCACAGCGAGGCUAGCUUCAUGUCUGCUGAUUUCCGGCUCCGCCGGAGUAAUGGUGAAUCCAAUACUUUUGGGAUACAUGAUGGAAGUGUUCUCACCAAUGUGGUUUAUAUAUCUAUCUCUUGGGGAAACUGUCGUUUGCUCAAUGUUGUUUGCAACAGUCUUUACAUUAUCAAGGCUUUAUUCUGCAAAGAGAAUUAAAAUACACGAGACGUCUGCUCUCAACGAAGAACCAAAACCUAAGGACGAUGAGGUUACAGAAGAUCAAACGAAAAUAUAUCCUCGUGGAACUCUCUUUGGUGUUUAGUUAAAUAUGGGUUUUAGCUCACAAGAACCGUCUGACGUCAAAAUUGGUCUUCUCUAAAAGUACUUCAAAUUUGGAGUGUAGCAUCAUAGUCAAACUGCCCAAUUUACGCUAUUAACUGGCCACUAAAAUGGGUAAACAGAGGUCAAAAUAUCAAAAAUCUCAUUCCAGCCAUUACAGCUUUUCCUAUUGAUUGAAUGGCUGGAUGAUCACCAAACUUUGUCUGUAGCUUUUAAAGAUAAUCAUCUAUUAAGCUAAUUUUACAAUAGCUUUACACUUUUUCUCAUGAACCAAUGGAUGAAUCAUCUCGUCCAUAGCAUUUUAAAAUGCUCGUCUGUCAAGUUUGCUGUUCUAAAUGAUUUUGAUCAGCUCAAGAGCCUUAUUAGGAGCUGCAAGACCCUUCAAUAUGGAAUUUUUUCCGCAAAUCUAGUCUGAAGCAUUUUAUGUAGAUCAAAUUGCUCCAAAAUGAUUUGGUUACUUAUUUUACGAAGACAGUAGAGCUAAAUUAGAAAUAUAUGUAAACUAUUUAUUUAAACUUAGUAAUAUAGUAAGCUUGUGAUUUGCCUUUGAACUACUUUAAGCCCCCCCCCCCCACCCCCCUCUUCCACUUCCUAGGGUAAAUGUUUAGGUCACUGUUUCGAUAAUUAGAUUAAGCAAGCAUGGUUUGUAGCAAGCUUAUGCGGAGGCAUCGCUUAAUAGUUCUUUUUGACGCCACCCCAAUGUCAAGGUCAAAGUCUGCUAUUAAAAAGUAAUUGAAAAUUGGUUUCCGGACAAUAACUACAGUUCAGAAUCAAACAUAUAGCAAGCUUGUGUGGAGAUAGCUCUGGACUCUUGCAAUUGCUUUAAGGCCUCACAUUGUCAAACCAAUGUCCACUAUUACUCAAAAUAAAAGAAAAAUGGUUUUCAAAUGAUAA